UACCAGCUAUUGCGCUCAUGAAAGCAUUCGCCAAAAGAAAGACUGAGAAAGACAAAUGGCGUGGUGCACGGCGAGGACCUUCCAUUUGCCGGCUACCGACAUGGCCGAACUCCGCUCCCCGGCGCCAUCAGCAGUGGGCUACGGCCGCACAUCCUUCCCAGGCGCCAACUUCCGCCGCUCAGCUCGAUUACCGCCGUUCGCUUCUUUGAAAAUCUCUGGUGAUGCAGCAGCCGGUAUAAAGGAAGCAGUUCAGACACAAAAGGCACCAGCAGCAUUGGGGCCAUAUUCGCAAGCCAUAAAAGCAAAUAAUAUGAUUUUUUUGUCUGGGGUUCUUGGACUUGUCCCUGAGACUGGCAAGUUUGUGUCAGAUGGUGUCGAGGCCUCAUCAGCUUGUCUCAAGGACUUAUUUGUCAAUGCACUCUUGGUGGAUAAGAUUCUAGUGAAAAAGGUACUCAAGAAUAUUGGGGAGAUACUUAAAGCAAGUGGUGCCAGCUAUUCCUCGGUUGUCAAGACAACAAUCAUGUUGGCUGAUCUGAAUGACUUCAAGAAAGUGAAUGAGAUCUAUGCUAAAUAUUUUCCAGCACCUGCACCAGCUCGUUCGACAUACCAGGUUGCAGCACUGCCCAUGAAUGCAAGAAUUGAGGUUGAAUGCAUAGCUGUGCUACAGUAGCUCCUAAUGAUUCUCGAGCCCAACUUUGACAAAGGUUUAACUGAUUAAACUUCAGCAACUAUGGUGUAGUCUCCCGAGUUCUGCGCAUGAGGAAUCUAAAUUAAACCUUUCAAAGAAAGAGUUACACCUGCUGGAACUCUUGUUUUCCUCCUUUUUUUCUAUUACAUUCUUCUUUUAGUAAUCCCCCUUUGUGUUGCUUUUCCUGUUCCUGUCAUCGACAUCUUGAGCAUUUAAGAGCUUACAAUCCCUUAAUAAAAUAUGACAAUUUUCUUAA